AUGAGCAGAUCUGGACUUCCCGCCGUCGUGAUCGACAAUGGUACCGGCUACACCAAGAUGGGCUAUGCCGGCAACACUGAGCCGCAGUACAUCAUCCCCACGGCCAUCGCCACCAAGGGCAUCGCCCAGAAGACCCCCGCUGCCGCGCCCGCCGCUGGUGGUGCCCCUGGCGCUGCUGGCAAGAACAUCGCCGAUCUGGACUUCUUCAUCGGUGACGAGGCCUACGAGAACUCCAAGGUCUACCAGAUCACCAUGCCCGUGCGCCACGGCCAGGUCGAGAACUGGACCCACAUGGAGCAGUUCUGGGAGCACUGCAUCUUCAAGUACCUUCGCUGCGAGCCCGAGGACCACCACUUCCUCCUGACUGAGCCUCCGCUCAAUGCCCCCGAGAACCGCGAGUACACGGCCGAGAUUAUGUUCGAGACCUUCAACGUGCCCGGCCUCUACAUCGCCGUGCAGGCCGUGCUCGCCCUCGCCGCCUCGUGGACCUCCAAGCAGGUCACCGAGAAGACCCUCACCGGUACUGUCAUCGAUUCUGGUGACGGUGUCACCCACGUCAUCCCCGUCGCUGAGGGCUACGUCAUUGGCAGCAGCAUCAAGCACAUCCCGUUGGCCGGUCGCGACAUCACCAACUUCGUGCUGCAGCUCCUCCGUGAGCGUAACGAGAAGAUCCCCCCCGCCGAGACGCUCGAGGUGGCCAAGCGCAUCAAGGAGACCUUCAGCUACGUGUGCCCCGACAUCGUGAAGGAGUUCAAGAAGUACGACACCGAGCCCGACAAGUGGUUCAAGACCUACGAGGGCAUCGAGUCGGUGGGCAAGAAGCCCUACAACGUCGACGUCGGCUACGAGAGGUUCCUCGGCCCGGAGAUCUUCUUCAACCCGGAGAUCUUCAGCAGCGACUUCCUCACCCCGCUCCCCAAGGUCGUCGACGAGACCAUCCAGAGCUGCCCCAUCGACACUCGCAGGGGUCUCUACAAGAACAUCGUGCUCAGCGGCGGUUCGACCAUGUUCAAGGACUUUGGCAAGCGCCUGCAGAGGGACAUCAAGAGGGCCGUGGACUACCGCAUCAAGCGCUCGGAGGAGCUCUCGCAGGGCAGGAUCAAGUCCAAGGCCGUCGACGUCAAGGUCAUCUCGCACCACAUGCAGCGCUUCGCCGUUUGGUUCGGCGGUUCCAUGCUUGCCUCCACCCCCGAGUUCUACAAGGUGUGCCACACGAAGCAGCAGUACGACGAGGUGGGUCCUUCCAUCUGCAGGCACAACCCCGUGUUUGGCGCCAUGACCAUGUAA